AUGGCGACCUUAAAUUACCUACUCCACGAAUCUGCCGUUGGCUACGGUAUAUUUGAAGUAGUCCAUCAAGCUGACAGUGUUGGCCUUCGUUUGAACGAGGUCCAAGACUCGAUAACCGACCUGUCGAAGUUCGGCAAGAUGAUCAAGCUUGUCAAUUUCUCGCCCUGGAGAAACCACGCUGAAGGCCUUCAAAACAUCAACGAUCUCUCCGAAGGCAUUCUGCCUGUGUAUCUGGCGUCUGUUCUCGAGCUGAGUCUUCCUAAAGCAAGUGGAAAGAAGACGAAGGUUGUUCUUGGCGUUGCAGAUAGGAAGCUUGCUGGUGAAAUUACCAGUCAAUUCUCUGGCAUCGAAUGCGAAACUAUGGAAACGUCCGAGGUGGUCGCAAAUUUCCUUCGUGGCAUUCGGCAGUACUCCGAAAAAUUGCUCAAGGGACUUCACGAGGGCGACGUCGGGCGCGCGGAGUUGGCUAUGGGCCAUGCGUAUUCUCGGUCUAAAGUCAAGUUCAACAUCCACAAGAACGACAAUCAUAUUAUCCAGCAAAUUGCCACCCUUGACAAUUUGGAUAAGAGCAUCAACAGUGGCUGCAUGCGCGUGCGUGAGUGGUAUGGAUGGCACUUUCCGGAGCUAGUAAAAAUCGUCUCGGACAACGUCACAUACGUGAAGUUGGUACUUGCCAUUGGGAACAAGAAGUCACUCACCGACGACAAGCUUCAUGACAUCGCUGCUGUUAUUGAAGAAGACGGCGACAAGGCGCAGGCUAUUCUUGAUGCUGCCAAAGUGUCCAUGGGUCAAGAUAUCAGCGAAACUGAUCUCGAAAUGGUGAAGGCUUUUGCCACGAGUGUGACCAAGAUGGCCGCCUACCGGCAAUCCCUCGGAUCCGCAUUGGAGAAAAAAAUGAACACCGUGGCACCCAACCUUCAAGUAAUCUUAGGCACGCCGGUAGCAGCACGUUUGAUAUCCCACGCGGGAUCCCUCACAAAUUUGGCUAAAUACCCUGCCUCGACUUUGCAGAUCCUCGGUGCUGAAAAGGCUCUUUUUCGCGCACUGAAGACGAAGGGAAACACGCCCAAGUAUGGUCUGAUUUAUCAAAGCUCGUUUAUCGGCCGUUCAAGCACACGCCACAAGGGCCGAAUUUCGCGAUAUCUCGCCAAUAAGUGCAGUAUCGCAGCACGUGUGGACAGCUUUAGUGAACAGCCGACGUCUCGGUUUGGCGAGGUCAUGCGGCAGCAGCUAGAGGACCGGCUUGAGUUUUUCUCUUCUGGAAAAAAGCCUAUGACGAACGAAGACGCGAUGCAAGAGGCAAUGAAGAAAGUGCUUGCAGACGGUGGCUCGCUUGCCGUGGACCACGAAAUGACCGACGCGCACGAGGGAGGAGGAGAAUUUGCAAAGGUGAAGACUGCUAAGAAGGACAAGAAGGAAAAGAAGGAAAAGAAAGAAAAGAAAGACAAGAAACGCAAAUCGCUAGAUGCUAGCGCCAUGGACAUCGACGCGGAAGUCAGCCUGGACAAGAAGAAGAAGAAGAAGUCGCACGCUGACUAG